AUGGAAGACGUUGAACGGCAGUUGGAACCGAGCUGGCAGCCUCCAAUGAUCCCGGUUGUUCAGCUUCACACCCCCAAUAUUAAAGAAGGAUUGGAAGCCACGUUUCUUCUUUCUUCUGACGUACGUUACCUUUGUGAAUGGCCGUUGGGACUCCCUCCAGAAUUUCAGAUGAUGUACGCCGAUCCUACGUUACUUCGGUGGAUGCAUCAUAAGUUACGGCAAAAUAGCAUCGAGCCAUUCAAGGAUUUCAAAAUUGGAAACUCUUGUAGUUGCCUUUCAGGGCAGCAAUGGCUAGAUGACCAACCAUAUUAUCCAACACCAACUUGCGGAUUCAGACACUUUAAGCAGCCUCAAAAGGAAUGUCAAAAGAAAAUUUCUGAAUGCGAAGCCAAGAGAGUUGAAGAAGACUAUGAAGAAGAAUCAUCUAAUGUUGUCUCUGACCUUUUCCAUGGCUUUCUUGCCAUUGGAACUCUUGGUUCAAAUGAGCCUUCAACACCAACAUUUGGUGUCUCCUCGGAGAACAUGACUGAGAAAGAAACAGAGGUCACAGAGAUUGACUUGAAGCUCAUUAAUGACGAGUUAGAGAAGUUCCUAGAGGCAGAAGCCAAAGAUGAAGGGUCCAUCGAAUCACCAGGUAGGAACAGUCAUGUUAGCAUCAUUACACUUUGUGGCAAGCAAAUGGAAGCAGCUGAUGUUGAAGAGUCUGGAAAGAUGAUAGUAUGUCCACUACAGGGAUAUCUUUUUGGGUCUUCAAUUGAACUGCCAGAGACAAGAUCAACUGAGGUAAAGAAAGGGAAGGCAUCACUCGGUGAACUGUUUCAGAGGACUAAAAUUGCAGAUGAAUAUGCUACAGUGAAGGAUGAGAAAGGGGAGAUCCAAGCCAAGGGAACUAACAAAUCUGCCAUGCACCUGGUGAAAAAGAUACUGAGAAAGCUCCAGGCUUCUUCAAGGAGUACCUGUGCCACUUCUGCCAAAGAGCCACAAGGUUCUUUAAGGAGUACUUCUGCCAUUUCUGCUAAAGAGCCCCACGCUUCAAGGAGCCCUUGGCCCACUUCUGAUGGUAGAACUGGUGGUGAUCCACUUUCAACCAAGAGGAAACUCCGUAAGGUGGGUUGCUUAGUAGUACAACUAAACUUCUCAGAGUCACUAUCAUACAGUAGUUGUCGACUUAAACUUGGAUAUUUCAGUUCCAUAAGUUUGAUGAUUGAUCAACAUAUAGUCUAUAUUAAGCUGAAUGUGAAUGCCUUCCUAUAA